GCAGCGUCGGCGGGGAGCGCGGGCUGCGGAGAGGCGGGCCGGGCGGAGCGGAGCGACUGGAAGCGCGGGCCGGGGAGGCGGCGGCGGCGGCGGCGGAGACGGGGGCCUCGCGGCUCAGCCCCCGCAUCAGAACAGGUCUCCGCGGCUCUCGCCCUUCGCCGAGCCCCACCGCCGAGCCCGCCCCGGGCCGGCGUGCGCUGGUCAUCGAGGCCCAGGCUGCCGCUGCCGCGGCGCGUUCUUGAAAUCAUGAAUCCUGUUUAUAGCCCUGGUUCUUCUGGGGUUCCCUAUGCAAAUGCCAAAGGAAUUGGUUAUCCAGCUGGUUUCCCCAUGGGCUAUGCGGCCGCAGCUCCUGCCUAUUCCCCCAACAUGUACCCUGGAGCAAAUCCUACCUUCCAAACAGGUUACACUCCUGGCACACCUUACAAAGUGUCCUGUUCCCCCACCAGCGGGGCAGUGCCACCAUACUCCUCCUCCCCCAACCCCUACCAGACUGCUGUGUACCCUGUGCGAAGUGCCUACCCCCAGCAGAGCCCCUAUGCACAGGGCACGUACUACACACAGCCCCUGUAUGCAGCACCCCCUCAUGUCAUCCACCACACCACGGUGGUGCAGCCCAACGGCAUGCCAGCAACAGUGUACCCUGCUCCCAUCCCUCCACCUAGAGGCAAUGGCGUCACCAUGGGCAUGGUGGCUGGGACCACUAUGGCCAUGUCAGCAGGUACCCUGCUGACCGCCCACUCCCCAACUCCUGUUGCCCCCCACCCAGUCACUGUGCCCACGUAUCGGGCCCCAGGAACGCCCACCUACAGCUACGUGCCCCCUCAGUGGUGAUCACCCUGCAAAUGUUUGAGGAUGGAGCUGUGCAGUCACAUCUUGGAGGUUCCACAGCUGGUGCUGCAGGCCUCGCGCCUCCAACCUGGACUUUCUUCUUAAUGCUCUCGACACUUAGCUAACACUACUCUGGCCCGGCCCAGCAGGUCCCAGCGCCAUUAGUUUCCAACUGACUCUGUGGGUUGGUCUUAAAGCAAUUCCUGUUUUGUGGGCUGCCUGGCAAUUUUUUAGCUAACUGUAAUGAUAAAAAGGGAGUAUUAAUCUAUUCUGAAUCAUAUCUAGUUGAAUGCAUGUUUAAAAAAAAACAAACAAAAAACAAAGCUUGCUCAAUCUACCUGCAGUGACUGAUGCAAAACCAUCAUAUGCAAAACCCAAAGGAAUGGAAAAGCAUUUUACAACUUGUAUCACUAAUGCACUGUUGUAAUGUAUGCAGAGUCUUCAAGUUAUAAGUGUUAAAGUGAAUUUCUUCAUAGAGUA